CCGAUUCUGCUCUUCUUCUCCUUUCUUCCCGCUGCAGCCAAAAAAAGAGGGGAACCCAGCCAUGCUUGAGAAACUAGUGAGAUAAGCUUGGUUUUCUCCUUCCUUUCUUGCUCUAGAACACACAUAGAACCCAGAAAUCUCUCCCCCCUGCUGGAAAAGCCGGAUCUGCCCUGCUCUGCUUUGUCCUUCCGCCGGCUGCUCUUGAUUGUGGGUGAUUUCUGAGCAUUUUUUCGUUCCCGUGAGCUUCCCCUGCACUUGCCGCCGGCUUCUCUCCCCCUACAGCUCCGGUUUCUACAGCUGGAGAAUUCUGGUAUGUGACAGCCUUUUAAGGCUUAAAUUAGCCAUUUAGUUUGCUGGCUGUGUUGUCCGAAUUUGAUAGAAAAAUAAGGGAGAAAUUUGAUAGCUUUAGGACCAUGAUUUAGAUUAAUUGAAGUGAGAUUUAUGUGAUUGAGUGUUAAUUGAGUGAUGUGUGAUUUUUGGAGAGAAAAUCCCGUGAGAUUAGCUAGUGUUUUGGCCAAUUUGUGGAAGUGGAGUUACUGUUCACGUCGGGUCACUAUUCACCGACACUGUUCACCGGUUACUGUUCACACCCCGAGGGCCAACAUUUAAUGGGAAUUUAAAUGAUUAGUUUGUGAUAUGAGAACGAAUUUGGAGAUGUCCGAUCAUGUGGAAAGUGAUGGAAAUAGCAUUGUGAUUAGGAGUGAUCCUAAUGAUGAUUUCAGCUUGAAUUUAUGAUAGUCCGGUAUUAAUUCUGAGGUGUUUUGAUUAGGUUCCCGAUCGUUCUGUCAGUUAGUACGUGAAUUGAGUGCUCGGUUUUAUGCGAGUGAGGUAAGUAAAUUUAUGGUAAUGCCCGUACUGUUUUUAAAAGCAUGUUUUGAUUUGUUUUGAAGUGGUGGCGGGACUAAACCCGUUUUACACGAGCAUGACUGAUUUGAAGUGAAAUGUUUAUGUUUUUCAUUAAAUUGAGCAUGCCUAC